AUGUCCCCGGACUUUGACUUCUCCCUCUCACAACCUGUGUCGGGUCCUUCUGCCCGGACACUCGUGACGCGGCCCCAGUCCUCACUCCCAUUGCGUGUCCGGAUUCUAGAGAAGCCAAUCAGCGUCGCCGCGGUUCCCGGUUACAAAGUCCCCACGGUCCCGCCGGGACUCAGAUUUUCCCCCAAAACGCAGAAUGCGGUGCGGGGUCGGGAGGGAAACGGCCUCUGCNACGACGGCGCCGAUUACAUCGCCCUGGACGAGGACCAGCGCUCCUGGAUCGCUGGGGACGCGGUGGCCCAGGUCGAGAAGCGCAAGUGGGAGGCGGAGGGAUAUACGGAGAGCGUUCGAGCGUACUUGGAGGGGGCGUGCAUGGAGUCGCUCCGGAGAUACGUGAAGAACGGGAAGGAGGCUCUGCAGCGCGCAGACCCCCCAAAAACAUAUGUGACCCACUACCCUAUCUCUGACCGUGAUGUCACCCUUAAGUGCUGGGCCCUGGGCUUCUACCCUGUGGAGAUCAUACUGACCUGGAAGCGAGAUGGGGAGGACCAAACCCAAGACAUGGAGACUGUGGAGACCAGGCCUUCAGGGGAUGGAACCUUCCAGAAGUGGGCAGCUGUGGUGGUGCCUUCUGGGGAGGAGCAGAGAUACACGUGCCAUGUGCAGCAUGAGGGGCUGCCAGAGCCCCUUACCCUGAGAUGGGAACCACCUUCCCAGCUCACCAUCACCAUUGUGGGAAGUGUUAGCCUGGUUCUCCUUGGAGCUGUGGUCAUGGGUGUUGUGAUGUGGAGGAAGAAGAGCUCAGGUAGAAAAGGAAGGAGCGACAUUCAGGCAAGCAUUGACAGUGCCCAGGGCUCUGAUGUGUCUCUCAUGGUUCCUAAAGUAUGAGGCAGCUGCCUUGGGUGGGACUGAGCAAUGCAAGAUUUGUUCAUGACUUCCCUUUGUGACUUCAAGAACCCUGACUUCUCCUUCGACCAUUGGAAUCUGUGGAGGUAGGGAGACUAG